AUGACCUCCAAGGCCUCGCACUACUCCACAGCCUCCCCGUCGAGGGAGGAGGAGAGGAAGAAGAAGCCACCCGCGGAGCCGAGGCCGAGCUCGAGCAUCGUGCUCCUGUCUCCCACGAACCAGGUCCUGCUCCUGCACCGGGUCAAGACCUCGUCAUCCUUCGCCUCGGCGCACGUGUUCCCUGGCGGCAACCUCUCGGGUUUCCACGACGGGCCGGUCCCGCCGCCGGGCGAGCUGGCCCGGCAUGAGGAUGGCCCGGCGUACAGGCUGGGCGCGGUCCGGGAGACGUUCGAGGAGAGCGGGAUCCUGCUGGCGCGGAGGAAGGGGCGGGGCGAUGCGGGCUUGUUGAGCUUGCCGGCCGCCGAGAGGGACGCGGCGAGGAAGAGGAUCUAUGCGAACGAGGUGCCGUUCGGGGACUGGCUGGAGAGCGUGGGGGGCGAGGCAGAUCUGGAAAACCUGCGACCGUUCACCCGCUGGAUAACCCCCCCGGCCACCCCGAAGAGGUUCACUACACAGAUGUACCUCUACAUGCUGCCACUCGCUCCCGACGAGGCCGCGGCGACGCCCUCGGAUCUCACUUCGGCGGCAAUGCAGUCCGAGGCCGUACUCCCCACACCGGACGGCACCGAGACCACGACCGCCGUCUUUGAGGAUGCCUCGACAUGGCUCGCACGCCAACGACGCGGAGAGAUAAUCCUAUUCCCACCCCAGGCCUUCCUGUUAACGCUCAUAGCGCAAUUCUGCAAGGGUUCUCCAUCCGAGAAGAGCCGGGAGAACGCCCACUACAAGGACCAGCGGGACAGCCUUCUAUCAUUCUUGCAGGAGACGCCCACGGCGACACAUCCCAAGGCUCUGAAGCAGGCCACAUCGAAUAUAUCCUGGGCGGACAAGGUUAUCAGCCCUGUGACGUCGCUCGUGCGGCCGGACGGGCGGGUCGUGUUGAGCCUGGAUAAGCCCGGGCCCGAGCUGAGGGGCAGCGGGAGGGGUGGCGACUGGGAGAGGGUUGUGCUGGUCCGGUUUGCAAAGGGGACCGCGACCGAGGUCGAGGUCAUGGAUCGGGAGGAGGUAUUUCAGGAGGAGCGGGAGCGGGUAGAGAGGGAGGGGAAGAAAGAGGAGGGCGCAAAGUUAUAG